AUGGCAGUUGUUGCUGAUUUUAAUUUGUUUCAGGAUGCAGGUGAUUCGCAGCUGAGAUUGGCCACGAUGGCGCACGGGGCAGCAGUAUGUUCGCAGGAUUCGCCGGACGUGUGGUCGAUGGUGGAGUGCGGUCAGCUGGAGGUGGGCGGUGUGGCGGACCUCGACUUACUGCUGCCGAACGGCUUCCUUGUGAACAUGCGCUGCCCGAUGGACUCGACGCUCGCUGCACUCAAGCAGGAUCUCUUCGUACAGGCCAAGAAGCUUCCGUUGUACGAUCGUUUGCUGGCCCCAUCCGACUACAUAUUUUACACGAUUGGCACAAACGGUGAGCGUGAGGAGCUGUACGAUGAGUCGCGUUGCAUAUUUUCGCUUCGUCUCUUCGUGCCUCUGCUCUCUCUCAUCGAGCCCGAAGGCAAUCGCGAGGAGAAGGAAUUGGCACAUGACAUUGGGCUUGCCAUUGGCCAUCCGUUAUCAGAAAUAGAAGCGAAACUGUCGCCUGAAGAAAUGUCAUAUCGCAUGGAUUUGUAUCGAGUGAUGGAGCAGGCAGUGGCCAGCCGCGGAGUCACUGGCUACUCGCACUAUGCCUUCCCGGAGGAGCUGUGUAGUGAAACGGAUGCCGACAUACAUCCAGAACUGAAAGCAAAAAUUCAAAUGGCCGAUUUGUACAUUGAGCUGUGGUAUCGUAGUCGCGAGGACGAGCUGGCCAAUAUUGACAGCAAUUGUAUUUGCGUGAAAAUUCGAAAAGUGAUUGACGUACACACAUCCGAUGUUAUUGCAAGUGCAAUAAAGGAGCUUACACUGCGCCACAAAUUAAUGGCAUUAUGGGAAUUGGAAGGCAAUUUGAAACUGCGAGUACACAGUGCCUCUCAUCUCACUAUCACUGAUAUUGACAAAAUAUACGUCAGAGCUGCCCUGUAUCAUGGAAUGGAUUUGAUCGCUAACGAAGAGUCCGCCUGGGUGCUCCCCUCGAAUCCGCGUUGGGGCGAUGGAUGGAUUAAUUUCGAUGUCUGUUUGAAGGAUUUGGCGCCUGCAGUGCAGUUGUGCUUGUCAUUGGUUGCUGUAAAACAAAAAAAGAAAGAGGAGCAUAGUGGAUUGGGAUGGGUAAACAUACGGCUUUUCAAUUGGAACAGUGAAAUUAUUCAGGGCAAAAAUAUGUUCUAUUUGUGGCCAUUCCCGCAGUACUGCGCUGAGCUGAUCAAUCCGAGCGGACAG